AUGGCCAGUGGAGCAAUGAGAGAGACAGUUGUGUCUUCGCCUCAACCAGCUAUAACACUUCAAUCAGAUUCAUCAUCGAUUGAUGAAAAUCGUAAUUCUUCACUCAACGAUCAUCAAUUGACGAAAAAAAAUGAAAGGGAUUUAGACGUGCACACGAUGUCCAAUCGUAGGAAAAUAAAAACGUUGAAUAAUAAUAACAUUUACGAAUAUGAAAAUUCGAAAAAGGGAGAAAAUAGAAAAAGAUUAACAACAUCCGACGGAAAUGCAAAAUACAAAAUAGAUAGAUUGAACGUGAAAAACAUGCCUAAGGUUAUCGGGUUUCAAGAUAUAAAUUUUAUCGAUUUUUCAAGUCAAAAAUUUCCGCUCAUAGCUAAAAAUAUAUGCGAAGAAAGUAUACACUUGUCGAAAGAUGAUUUUUCAUUUGAUUGUCCCCAUUGCGAAAGAGCUUUCCCUUGCGAUUCCGCAUUGGAAAUACACGUGCAAACGUGCGAAAAUAACGAUAAGAAAAUUUUUCCCAAAUCGGAAAAAAAAAAUAAGAGAAAAUCCACGCCGAAAUUUCAUCCGCAACACUCGACGGAAUCCGAUUCGGAUGAUUGUUUGGAAAAUAUGGAAAUAAACGUUACCGAACUCCAACGAAAAGCUUUUUUCAAUAGCUUAGAUCUUAGAAACACUGAGAAAUGUGAUAAUAAUAAUGAUGAUGAUACCGAUUCCAAUAAGAAAUCGGCCAAAUCCGAUUCGAAAACGGAUUUGGCCGAUAUACAAAGCAUACUGUCCGUGACAAACAUUCCCGGAAUCAAAGUUCGAGAUUUUUCCACCGUGAAAGAAAACAAAAUUGAAACCAACGAUAAAUUGUAUUCAGAAAUAAUAAACAGUAGAUCUAGUCCGGAUAAUAAUUAUUCGAAUAUGACCGUGAAUUCAUCUUCUUCUUCUUCGACUAAUUACAACGUUUUUGUUUCAACGAAUUAUUCGGGUGGGGAUCAAGUCGAGGAAGAAGCUCAAGAUUGUUUUGCUGCAGAAUGUCGUAGAAUGAAAUUGAGGGGGGAAUUCCCAUGUAAAUUGUGCACCGCCAUAUUUCCCAACUUGAGAGCGUUGAAGGGACACAACAGGGUUCACAUAUCCGUCGCGAACGGGACACCGAACUCUCCUUACCGUUGUAACAUCUGCACGUACAAUUCUCUCGACAAAGCCACUUUGGUACGUCACAUGAGAUCACACAACGGUGACAGACCGUACGAAUGUGCCAUGUGCAAUUACGCAUUCACGACAAAAGCCAAUUGCGAAAGACACCUACGAAAUCGUCAUUCGAAAAUAACGAGAGACGAAGUGAAAAGUUCAAUUAUAUAUCAUCCAUCGGAAGAUCCCAUCAAUGAUUCCGAGUAUCAAAAAACAAACGAAAUGAAUAAGAAAAAUUUGGAAAAAUCGAAAGAAAAACAAGAAUUCAGUUUGCCCAUAAAUUUAAAAAUUAAUUUAUCGAAUCUUAAAGAAUCCUCAAAAAGCGAGGAUUUAUUUCAAGCCGAACAUCAAGAACUCAUAAAAAACAUUAAAAACGAAGAAGAAUACAAAAGGACUGAAACGGGAACCAUGACUGAAGAUAUCGAAGGUGAAAAUUGUAAUGAAUGGCAGCAGUACGAUGAUAACGAAGAAGCUUUAGAUUUGAGAAUUUACAAUGAUAAAAAUUACGAAUCGGAUUCAUCAGAUUUGCCACAAGAUUUGUCGAAAAAAGAAGAAAUUAAAGAAUUUAAUAACAACGUGGAAGAAAAAUGUUCGAAAGCGAAUCCAGAUUUUUAUUCGGAUCGAAUUUACGAUAAUAAAAAUACGACAAAUUUCGAUAUAAAUAAUUUAAUAAAAAUGUAUUCUUGCAUGUAUCCGAGUCUCAACAUUGCUCAAAUUCAUCAAAUAUUAUUGACUCAAUUGAAUUUUCCCGGGAUUUUACAAAAGUUUCACAAUUUCCCAUUUUCGCCGUUUCUCGUGUCGUCUCCACUGUUUUCAAACUCUAAUAAUUAUAUGCAAAAGAGUCCUCAAAAAGAUGUUAGUGGUCUACAAAUGUCGGGUGGAAAUAUUUUGGAUGAGAAAAAUCAUAAUUUAUCCAUGUCGGAAAAAUUGCAACUUUUUCAACAGCAAGCCAUUGCUGAAUUAUUGUUUAAAAAAGAAAAAGAUCGCAUCGCAAAUGAAUAUUUUGGUAAAACUCCUUCGCGUUUAAAUGAAAACACAGACAAACACAGGCGUUUGAAUACUUUGAGAAAACAAAAUGAAUUUCUUUCUGAAGCAGAAAAGAAAAAUUUUGGAGAUGUUUUACUUAAUAAGAAAGAUGAUAAAAAAGAAAGUUUAAAAUUAGGAAACAUUGAAAAAUCUUCGGCAGACAGUCGGAAUUCGUCGGUGAAAAUGGUGAUUAAAAAUGGCGUUCUCAUACCUAAACAAAAGCAAAGAAGAUACAGAACUGAAAGACCUUUUUCCUGCGGACAUUGCAGCGCGAGAUUCACACUCAGAUCAAACAUGGAAAGACACAUAAAACAACAACAUCCUCAAUAUUGGACUCAAAAACCAAGGUCGAACGUUGGAAAUUUGAAAAAAACCGAAUCUAAUUUAAUAAAAUUGAAUUCGUACGAAGUUGAUCGUAGAAAUUUUGACCGUUCGUCAUCAUCCGAAAAUGACUACCUGAAGCAUUACGCCAUAACCAAAUCCUUAACGUUGGUCCCUCGAGAAAAUUUCAACGGAUCGGAAGAAGAAAAGAAAUGGGAGGAAAUCAUAAAACAUAAAAAAGAAUACGAGAGUUCAAACGACGUUCUUAACUUGGUGAAAGACGAUGACAACGAAGUUAAAAUAAAACAAGAAAUUAUUAAAACCGAAAUCGAGGAUAGAAUAGAAGAAGACGAAGAAACCAAAGACGAUUUGAUAAUAAGCGAAGAAAAAGAAGAAGAAGAAGAAGAUGUUAAAAUGAAUCAAAAUUUCGUAUCGAAUGACGACAGUUCACCGGAAUUUCUUGGUACGUCACCGGAUAAAACGGACUCGGAUACGAAAAUCGCAGACGAAAAAAUGAUAGAAAAUGAAAGAAAGGAAAGUCAACCUCAAGAUUUAGCAAGCGUUUCGAAAAUGCUAGACAACGCGGUGACUCAAACUCAAGCGUUCCAAAAGUACUUUCAAGAAGGCUCAAAAAAAGACGAGGAUUCAAUAAGGAUGGAUGCCAUCGUGAAAAGAGAAGAGGGCGAAGACAGGAGCGAAGAAGAAGAAGGUUUAAUUGCCGAAAACACGAGCAGUGACGAAAACAGAUCCGAGUCGGAAGUUACUUCGAGGAGUGGUAAAAAGAAAAGUGCAUAUUCUCUUGCUCCGAACAGAGUUUCAUGUCCUUACUGCUUUCGAAAGUUUCCUUGGACGAGUUCGUUAAGAAGACACGUCCUCACACACACGGGGCAAAAGCCCUUCAAGUGCACGCACUGUCCACUUCUCUUCACGACGAAAAGCAAUUGCGAUCGUCAUUUGUUGAGGAAACAUGGAAGGGAGGCUUUGAUAGCCAGUUCGGGUCAGACCGACAAUCCAGAAACCACCGGUAAGACGAAUGUUUCGAACCUGGAAAAACCUUAUAAAUUUUUGUUACUGGACUCCAGGAGAAAAAGACACCGGAAAUCAUCUUUAAUUAGGUUUAUGGGUUUCCUUGAGUUAAAUUUUUUACUCGUGACAUCUUCCGCUAUCGCUUUACUUGAGACGCAUUAUUUUUAUUUUUCCAGAAACGUUCCCGAGCGUCCGUACAAAUGCAAUCAGUGUCCAUCUUCGACGUUUUCGACUCUGAGCAAUUUGAACAAACAUUUGUUCAGCAAACAUAAUCGAAACGAAUCCAAAGAUCCGCCGGAAACGAAGCCUAAAAACGUUAUUUAUCAGGGCCCUCCCAAUGUUACCAUCUCUCCAACUGGAUUUCCACUGAGUUUGCCCAGAGCUCUGUCCAUCAUUCCGCAAUUUCCCGAUUCUUCGAAAUCGUCGGGAAAGAGUCCGAACAGCCAUAAAACGAAAUCCAACGAUUCGUUGAAUCAUUCAAACGGAAGAGAGAGAGAUAAAUUUUGGGAAGAAUCCAGGGCGUUUAGAAAGAGAAAAGGACACCGUUCCGAAUCAUUACCCGUUCCUUCUAGCGAAUUACCGUUCAAGUGUCACCUUUGCGAUUCGUCAUUCGGAGAGAGAAGCGACGCUUUAGAACACAUAAGAUGUCAGCAUCCGAACGAAUUUCAAUUACUCGUGUCCAAAGGUGCACUGGAAACAAACACGGACGAAGAAAAACACCAACACGACGAUAACGAGGAAACCAUCGACUCGAAUCGGGGUCGUUUUCCAGACUACGCAAAUAGAAAAGUGAUGUGUGCAUUUUGCAUGAGACGUUUCUGGUCUGCCGAAGAUUUAAGGAGACACAUGAGGACUCACACGGGAGAACGUCCAUUUUCCUGCGACGUCUGUCAAAGAAGAUUCACUCUUAAACAUUCCAUGUUACGUCAUCGUAAGAAACACAGCGUUCACGACGAAGUUUUGGAUGUAACAACUUCAGGUUCGAACACAAUAACGAAAUUAUUUAAAUUUUCAGUUGGAAGCGACGAAGAACAUUUGAGCUCUUACCAAAUAAAUCACAACAACAACAUAUCGACGACACAUGAUAAAUCAGAAGAUGGACUUCGGAAAACUAUUUUACACCAAACUCUCACGAGACACGAUGAUCACGACCCUGCUGUUGUUGUCAAAGAAGACUUGAAAGAAGAAUCGAAAGCCACCAUAAAAAAGAAAAUAUUGGAAGAAAAUUCAACGACAGCAACAGCAACAACAACAAAAUAA